AGUCUUACAGGACAGCACAGCAUAGCUUUUUACUCGGGAAGAAUUUCCAUCCAGCUCUGUAGUUUGGAGUGGAUUAGACUGACAAAGAUAAUUAGCGUUAGCAGUGAGUAGUAGUACAUCGUACUCGCCCGUAGACGCGUUUUAUUUCCGGCGACGCGUGCAAAAAUAGUACUUCAUUGAAAUAUAAUUGCCCUAUACCGUUCUAUCCAUUUCCUUCUUUUCAACGUCGCACUUGUGCUUGAGUUUGUUUUGGAGGAGGACGAAAAAACCGCAGACCGUAAUUACAACAUAGUUUUAUUUUGCAAAAAGAAAGAUUUCAUCUCGACGCCGUACCAGAACGAAGAAUUAAAAGCAAGUACGCAUUUUGUUGUGAAGAUCACCGUUCUUGUGCAGCUGACGUCAUAUCAACCAAUUUAUUUCUUUCGCCGAUAUUAACAAAUCCUAAUCCACACGAAGAAGAUGACGAAACGUUUAUGCACCAGCUGCCGACCCGCGGCUCUACUGAUACUGAAGCACAUGUUCUGUCAUAACCAGGCUCUCUUCCUCCUCCUUGGUCUCGCAAUUGCUCCUCCGAUUGGAGUGCUUGUCGCUGCGUCACCAUCGUACCCAGGACCACGUGGUCCAGUUGCGACCGCCGCAAACCAGACCUGCGACGAGCUGGCGGAGCAAUACCAGCGAGCGAAACGGGAAAACAAAGAGGCGUUGCGAGCGGCUGGGUAUUUUGAUCUUCGAGAGACUUCUGCUUCAGGUGGUCGUGGAAAGAGAAGAAGUCGUAGUGGCUCUAGAGCAGGCACCUUGAUUGCGAAUCAUGAGCGGGACUUUCAAGAGCCGUCCAGCGGUACUAUCCUGAGUAACAACGUCACCAACUACCCAGUAUACUAGUCAAGAUCAGAAUUGUUGAACAUGGCAAUAACUUUACGCUCGCAGUGUAGUCAGCUUCAACUUCCGUCAUGAUAGCAGCAUAAUUCUCGAAUCAGUGAUUUUAUCGCGAUCUUAGCACGACGCGCUCGCUCUCACUGCUCAUGGGGCGGCGGCGGAUAGGAAACAUUUAGUACAAUGUUAGGCUUGCAUAUAAUUUGAAUGAGCAUGACAAAUCUGGCGACGUGGGGACGUUUUCACACAGGAUACCUGGUGGCGAUAAUUCCGAUUCUUGGAGAAAGCUGGAACAGGCGACAGAAGCCGCGCUCGGCCAAUUGGAACAGAGCCAGUCGGAAUGGGCAGGCGACAACGCCGGCUUGAACGCGAUCCAAGAGGUGGCCAAUCUUGCCGAGCGGUUCCACAAGCAGGUACUCGACAAAGCGAAUCCGACGGAGCAACUGACUUUUCUUGCGGAUGAAGAGAAAAGCGCAGCUCCAGUACCCCCGGGCCGCGUGCAAAGGUUCGUGACCGAUGAAGUUCUUGCGGACUUGCGGAAAUUGGAACGCACGGUAGAAAAAGAGCUGGAAAUCAUGGCGAGAAAAAACCAGCUCCAGAAUAAACCGCAACUUCACCACCCCCGGAACGUGCUCGUAAAGUUGAAGACCGCCAUCGACACCCGGCACACGUAUGAGGCCGCGUGUCGCUGCCAGCUCCCGGCGUGCAAAGGCAAAAGACCCUGCCCCCACUGCCCGCACGGAGGUGGGAACGAGCAGCACAGGCACGUGAGCGACACCCAGAAAAGAUGGCGGGAGCGCAUCAGCACCUUGGAGGCACCGUUGCGGGAGCUGUUGCAACAGUACCGAACCUAUCAAAUGUAAAAAUGUCUGGGUCUGGAAGAUUCUAAACUUGUAAUGCUGUCUCUGAAUUCUAAAAAAAUUUGUAUUGCAUGACCAGCAAAAGGACUCCAGUUUGUGCUACGUGGAGAGGGCAUUUCUCAUGCGGUAAAGGCAUCACAAAGGCCUCGAAAAAUCUGUCAUGCUAGAGCAUGCGUCACAGACAUCAUGAGUCUUCCAAAAUAUGCAUCACAAACCUGGCAAGCUUCCAGACCCAGACAUUUUUACAUUUGAUAGAACCGCGCGGGGGCAUCUGCGGGCAGGAAAACGUAUGCUGGCGAUUUGGACCUCCGGUCGCCGGGAUGUUGUUGAAGCAGCACAAAGGGAAAAACGACGAGGUGGUGGAUCACAAGCAGAUGAGGAAGAGGAUCAGGAUGCGAACAUUGAGAGCUUCAUGCAGGAGGUUCUGGAGCCCGACGAAAAUAAUAAACCGCCGCCUCGGUCGCUGGCGCUCAUCUACCGCGCACGCAGAAUUCACGGUGUGACGGACAAGAAAUGGGAUCCGGAUGGGUUUGAGCACCGCGUCGAGAAAAUACUUUUCCUACGCAUUGCAAAUACGUCUGGGUGGUCCUCUGCAUUCGUCUGUGAAGACGCGAGAUUUGAAAGAAUUACCAAAAUGGUGAUCUGAGAUGCACUUCCGAGGUUUUCUUUCGCUGCUUUUCUGUUGUGAAACUGAGUUUUAUCUGUCCUGCGUUUUACCAUAUGAAUUUGCGAUAAGUAGUACAACAAGCCUCGGAAAUAUUAAACUGCUGAUGCUGUGAUGCCGUACAUCAAGCGGGUAUUGAGUAGCUACAACACUGGUGCGACGUGACUAGCAGCACCACAAAUUAUUUGCCGAGCCCGACAUAUUUGCAGUUGAUACCACCCGCUGGAACGGGACUCGCGGCUGCAGCAGAAUAAGGAAACGAGAAAACGCGCACUCUCGAAGCUCGACAAGAUGGAAAAACUGUUCGAAACCGAGCUCGACACCUGGGUGCUGGCCAUGGCUAUCAAAUGUAAAAAUGUCUGGGUCUGGAAGAAUGCAAGACUUGUGAUGCAGGUUUUCCAUGACCCAUGAGGUCUGGAAUGCGAGACCCAGCAUGACAGAUUUUUUGAGGUCUCUAUCAUGCCUUUCCUGCAUGAGAAACUCCCUCUCAACUUGGUCAAAAGCGGACAGCUUUUGGUACUCGCGCAACACAGAUUUUUGCAUCAUUCAGAUUUAGCAUGACAAGUUCUAACCUUCCAGACCCAGACAUUUUUACAUUUGAUAAUGGCCCGGGUGGAGCAACAGCAGCAAGCAGAGCAACAGCAAAAACGGUUUGAAAAGCUGUUGACCGAUUUCCUGUUCACGUUUCAGCACCGCAACGCUGCUUUUGGCCACCUACCCCUCGUGGUCGAUACCGACAAAGGGCCCGAGCGCUAUCUCCUGCUCGCGUUACGCGCACCUGGCGACGCUUCGAAGGUGGCGCUCUUCCUGCAGGUGCUGGGAAUCGUGGGCGGGUCCAAAGGCCUCGCGAGCGCAGGGGCGACGGUGCGCGAACGGCAGCAACUUCCUUUCGUGGCGGUGCAACUCGGCGGCGAAAGAACCACCGACCGGCUAAUGGAGAAAGUAAACGAGGAAAAGUCGCUCCCCCUGUUCGCGCUGCAGGCAGUUUUUCUCGACCGCAGCUUCUAUCACAAGGAAAAAUCCCGUCUCCCCAUAUCGAAACGGCAUGAUUCCGAAAAUUUGUGUUGCUGAUUUGAGACCACAAAUCGCGUCUGUCUUGCAGGAAGACAAGUGCACAGCCUUCCGGGCCAUUAUGGAAGCGAUUUGGCAUGCUGGUGGGCCUAGGGGGCAGCCGUUUGCAAUUCUGAGCAACUAGACGUAGACCCAAACCCGAACGCCCCUACCUAGGCUGAGGAUCUGGCUGCGAUGCCUUGCUGCAAGGCCGCGCGCAUUUGUGUACGGAACUCCAGCGUCAGAAACUCCGUCACGAUAUGGGGAGGGGACAUUUUCCCUCACGAUAGCCUCCGCCUCUUCCCCAAGGAGUCCAAAAGGAAGUUUGCGAUGGAGUAUCAAAUGCAAAAAUAUCUGGGUCUGGAACAAAGCAACUUGUCAUGCUAAAUCUGAAUCAUGUAUAAAAUCUGUGUUGCGUGAUGGCCAAAAGCUGUCCACUUUUGACCUAAUCGAGAGGGAGUUUCUCAUGCAGGAAGGGCAUGAUAGAACUCUCACAGAAUUUGUCAUGCUAGUAUGUCCUACGUACCAGACCUCAUGGGUCAUGGAAAACCUGCAUGACAAUUCUGCCACUCUUCCAGACCCAGACAUUUUUGCAGUUGAUAUGUAGGUUUUGCCAACCAUUGCGACGGAUCCUAGUGGCAAAUUAGAACCUGCCAAGAUAGGGCUCGCCAUGAAAGUGACAGUUUCUGACAAAGACUUCCGAAAAAAGGCGCAAAAGUUUUUCUCGCUCCCCUCCGAACAUCACGGGGAGCACGCUUUCGUGCGCCCCUAUUUGACCCUGAUUUGGGAGCGUGCGGCCAGGAUGGCGAUGCCUGUUACGUCGUACCAUAGCGCAGUACUCGACAGUAAGAGCAAGACGACGGAUAGAUAUGCGCUGCUGUUAUGAGAGAGCACAGCUCCCCCUCCCCCUCAUUUGUGUUGCACGAGCAGCAAUAAAACCACCAGCGCACAUUGAGCCUGCGCAUGACAACAUCAUGCGCGUAAUGUAAGUACUUCUUUUUGGGCUUCAAGAAUCUCAAUCUGUCAUGCCAACGGUACCACAAAUAAGCAGCACUUGGAUAUAAUAUAACAAAUGAGGGGGAGGGGGAGUUGUGCACUGUCAUAGCUGGGUGACAGUGUCUUGCAACCUUUCGUCCGGGACUUGAGGCCUGUAGUGGAUCCAGCCAGUGAAGAGAGUAGGCCUACGGCGCGCUUCAAUGGUGCCGAAGUUGCGGCCGAGUUUUGCACGCAUCUGCGCACCACGGAAGGGCCCUGGAAAGAGUGGGGCGGCGAAGAGAGGGGCUGGCCCAAGAGACCGACGACGCAUCAAGCGGCGGUGCAGUCUACUCCGGGCGGGGUCUACGAAAACGCCAGCUUUUCCGCGACCUGGGGCCUAGCGUGGGUUCCUAGUGCGCUGAGCACGCCCCUCGCAAACGCAAUAACGAACGAAGAGAGGGGUUCGCGCACGACGUGGCUCAAGCAGAAGCGCGCCUGGGUGGAGCCGGCAGACUGGGACAAGGGCAAGUUGCACGCCGUUCUUGAUGAUGGCAGAGGUCCUGACCGACCACGUACGCCCUCUCCUCCCGCGCAGUCGCGGAGUAUAAGUACUAACAACGCAGCAAAGAAACCGUCGGAACUACAAACAAGGAAAAAGAGUCGGACCCCCAGCCCCGGAGGUAGAAGAAGAACCCAACGCGAGGACAAGGGGCCUUUUUACCGCUACGGGCCGAUGAGCACCCCUGAAUCCGCCCCGGCUCUCGAAGUGGCAGAAGAUGAGCGCGCGUGGGCGCUCACCCCUGAGACGAUGCGAGAGCAGUGGCUGCGCGUGCCGGGUGGGAGCCGGGUGCCCGUUCUGGACGAGUACCUCCUCGACAACCUGAUGCCGCGUGGGUUGUUCAGCAGGGAGGCGGUGGAGGUUUUACGAGGUGUGCCAGUUCCACGACCCAAUAUUGUCCUUCACGGGGCCCUGCUGGCGAACGGAGAUGUCGGAAACGGCAUAAGGAACAUGCUCGUGCGCGAGAAAUACAAGAAAAUUUUGGCCAGGAUGAAAGACCUCAAAAGUACUAGAACUGUAUGAAAUGCAAAUAUGUCUGGGUGUGGAAACUUGUGACGCAGGGAAGGGAGUGUUUAGCACAUUGCAGUGCGCUUCACCCCAGCAUGUGCAUGACAAGUUUUUCUUUUUCCGUGGUUCAGAGUUCGUCUUCGUUGCGUACCCCGCAUGAGAAUAAACUGCGUUUUUGCAUGACAGACAAGGGGACCUCUUCGCUCCCCUGCACUACAGAGUUUCUUCAACUCAUGCCAGACUAGCAUGACAGGUCUCGCAAUCUUCCAGACCCAGACACUUUUGCAAUCCAUAGACUGUCCCUGCAAGUUUGCUGCAGAAAGAGCUGAUAGAGUUGGUCGGAGACGAGGACGGCGCCGGCCUGCUCAAAGCGGCAUCAGCCUUUGACGGGACGUUUUUCGACGAAAGCGGUAAAAAAGCGGUGGAGAAACUGAUCGCGCGGGUUGAAAGGGAGGUGCUCCCAACAGCAAGCGAGGAACAGCUUGACAGCCGCAAGAUCGUCGCAAAGCUAGUGAAGCAGCAGGUCGUGCAGAAAGGCGUGCGGAAAAACAAGGGCGACACGGGGGCACGAACGACAGCAAAACCGCAAAGAGGAGCGAAUUCCAGGAAAGCACAAGAAGAAGAUAGGCGACUCCGUGUGGAAGCUGCUCUCCUCAGCGCCGCAGCUCCAGGAAGUACUAGUGACCCGCUGACACGACGGAAUAAAAACGGUACCAGCAGGGGUCAGGUACUCGACAUAACUUCCGCUACAGACGGGGGCGCGGGCGGGACAGCGGUUAUCUUGCAGCAAUACACGGCGAAUUUUCUGCAAGACGCCGGCGCAGCCAUGGUUAACGAGUUCGCCAUAAACUGCGUUGUGGUCGUGGCGCCAGAUGUAGAGGUGGUGUCGGAUCUUCAGGUGGCCCCAGAAACUGGAACUGUGACUGAUGCAUAGCUAGACACUGCCGCGAGAUAAAACCGCAAACUGUUUUUAUAAGUACGCAGGAGCCAUUUUUUUGCUAUUUUGCGGAUGGUUUUUCAUUUUUGAUCAUGGCUUUGCUUUAGCUUUCGCAUUAGCUUUCUCACUACUUAGCAGGGUUUAUCUUUUUGAAAAAGUAACAGUAAGCACUUCUCUUCUAGUACACAUGCAUAUUGUUAUAGAUACUGUAAAGGUAAUGAUCGAGGUCCUCUGGUCUUCACCCUCAAUAACAUAGACCCUCUAGGUGCCGGUUGAGAGUCCGUUUUUUGCGCCUGCCGUCCGGUGUAGCUGACCAGGAUGAUCAAUAUGUAAGUAUAUAGUAUGCUGACCCCUCAGCAGCCAGGUGGCAACUGUUUUGAAAAAUAUAGGAAAAACAAAAAAUUAUACAUAGAGGUGGAAAUUAAAAAUAAAGGGCUGACUCUAGUAUGGGAAGUAGAUGGGAUAACGAUAAGCACGUACUGAUAUUGUUAUUCUCAUUUGUCCUCCUUCAAUUUCAGAGACAGUGGCGGUACUUCUCUCGAACAGUACUUCUCUCGACGCGAGAUAUGUAUUUUUGGAGUAUCUUCCCCCGAAUUAGUGACUUUUGAAAUUGAAUGGCAUUAAAUGCUGCGCUUGAAUUUCAUUUUCUCGUGGUCUGAAUCAAUUUUUUCUUGCAUGCUUUCGGCUCUGUUUAGUAUAUUUUUACGAAAAAGCUAAACGUGCAUCGAUGACGAAAUCAACAUAUCUGAACCAAUUCUUCUUUGCUCGACCGAACGAAAACUCCUAUGCACAAAGGCUAGUUUUAGCUAGGCAAAGUGUUUUCGAUCCAUGAAAGAUCCCAUCGAGAUCCAGUGCAUCUUUCCUGAGCUUCCGAAUGCGGAAAACAACGACUGAGUGGCUCGUGGUACAUCACAAGAGCGCUAGCGCUUGCUCUAGCUGGUCCUACGUAAUUAAACAUCACUAAGUAGUGGCUUCUGUAGUACACAGAUCACAGCAAGGACUC